AUGGCAGCUAGCAGCGGAGCAGCAACAUCAGCAUCAGCAGGAGGCGAAGGAUCUGGAUUGGGCUCGUCGCGUAAUUAUACCCACAGCACACCUGCUGCUGCCCACCGCAACUCGAGGCAGAGCGUGAUGGGAAACGCAUCAGCAUCGGCAUCCGGUGGGGGAGCUCGUAAUAGCACCAUUGGGGGGCAAUCGGCGGGGCAGUCAACUCCCAAUGGACGCAGAUCUAUGACUGGCGGCCGCCAGUCCUUGGCUCCCAACGCAUUCCCACUCUCGACUGCAGGACCUUUGGGCUCAAGACCGGCUGCUAACACCGACCCACGGCCUCUCCGGUCCAGAGAGUAUAUGGCAGAGAUGAAGCGCAGGGUACACGAGCUGGCCGAAGCAACGGGUUUCAGUGUUGCAGGCUACCGAGGCAUGACUUCACUCGACUCUCCCACACAGGCCAUCUUCUUGGCUCUGUUCCGACAUAUCUUCCAACAAACCAUCGACCCAUCCUAUGUCUUUGCUGCCGACGCCAAGAAGCCCGAAGAGGAGGUGAUGGACAUCUUGAGGGACUACAAUUAUCCUGCUCAGGGCGAUAUCACCAAGAUGUUGCUCGGCAGCGCCAGUAGUCAGCAGUAUUGGCCCAAGACGCUGGGUAUCUUGGACUGGAUGGUACAGCUUGCUUCUGCUGCUGGCAAGAUUCCUGCCGGUCCCCUAGCCAGGGACCAAGCCUUCCGGGAUGAGAUUGCAGAGUCGACUCGAGCCCACGCCGCUGCUGUUGCUGAGCUACGUGCGGCACCCAAGUCUCUCGGCGCAGAGCAACUUGCAGCUCUACGUCAGCGUGUAGACCAAAGGGCUGCUGCACUGCGUGCACUGGAAGUGGAGUACGAUGACGAGCCCUCGAAUGUCUUUGUGCCGUUUAACUGGAGAUGCUACGAGCGCUUCUGGCAGGGCGAAGACGUCUUCCCCGAUGAGAAGGCGAAGCUUGAAAGGCAUUUCCAGCGGAAGAAUGCUGGCGUGAAGACGGACAUCGAGCGUCUUCAACAGGAGAAGCGAGAGCUGGAAGAGGAGCUGGCUAGGCUGGAGGAGCAAGGAUCACCACUAGCGGCUGCUCAGGCGGAGAGAGAUCUGUAUGCUAGCGAUGUGGCAAAGUUCAAGCAGUACAAGGAGAGUGCUCUGCUGCCCAAGAUGCACAAGCUGCAGUCCACGGUAGCCAUGCUGGAGGACAAGAAUGAAGAGGGCCGCAAUGAGGUGGCCGAGCUUCAGGUCCAACAUGAGGUACUGGAGAAGCAAGUCGCAUCGCAAGAAAUGUCCAGUGACGAGUUCGAUCGCCUCACUACGGAGCGGUCAAGACUUACUGCCGAGAAGGAGAAGCUGGACGUGGACAUUCGCGAUGUGGAGAACCAACGCUACGACCUGGAGCUGGCAAAUUCAAACAUGCAGCAGAAGCUCGAGGAGAAGCUCAAGGCCUUCAAUCCUCUGGCAGCCAAGACGGGCGUCUUCCCACUGCGCGUCUCUGGCUCUUCAGCAAAGGGCGGCGAGGAAUACGUCGACGAGAUUGAUCUCCUGGUCGGUCAGCCUACGUUGCUCCACCCUGGUCUGGACCUCAAGAACGAGACGCGCACCGUCAUCUCUUCUCUGCGACGAGACGUGGAGAAGGAGCAACGCAAGGCCAUCGAGGAGAAGGUAGAGCGUCAAGAGCGCUACGACGAGCUGUGCGAGCGCCUGCACGUGCUCAAGGAACAAGAAGAAGAAGUGAAUGCCAAGCUCGAGGUCAUUCGAGAGUCCAUCGAAGAGAUUACUCGUCUGACCGAUGAGGAGACACGCGCUUUCAACGAGGAUCAGCUGAUCAAGGAGCGCAAGCUUCAACAGACGGAGCAGACGGGUCAUCGCCAAUUGGCCGAGGCCGAGUCGAGACUGGUGGAGCUCAGAGCACAUAUGAAGCACCUCCAGACGGUCGCUGGUGAAAAUCUCGAAAAGUACAAGGAUGAGCUGUGCGCCGCCGUCGAGGAGUGUGUGGCCCUCAAGGCGAGAGUGGGCGAGUCGCUUGAGGAGAUUGGAGUAAGGGUGGGCGUGGAAUUUGAGACAAAGGGGGAGGCUGCUGGCGGCGGCGGUGCGGAUGACAGUCAAGGGAGUGUUGGCAAGGAAGAGGAGCAGAUGGAAGAGUGA